ACUGCGACGUGGAGAGGUUGUGGGUGCAUGAGGCAGCGCAUUCCAACUUAUUUAACGGACUCUUUCAAGAACGCUGUCGGAGAGGAUUAUCGCCGACAUGAUGUCCUCGAGGCUGCUCCUGCCGGCCAGCGUGUUGGUGCUGAUGUUGCUUCGUUUACACGUUAGCCUGGCAAAUACGAUGUGGUUCCACACGGGAUCUGACAAGAAAAUUCCUCCAGUGACGAACUUUAAACUUUCGCUGAGAGGUUACGACGUCCUACUCGCAGAUCCAUGGCAGGCUGAAGAUCCGGGGUUCGGAGAUCAAAUUUUCGAACCGUUUUAUACUCAGAAUGGGCGAACUUAUUUCUACUCCUUCAUCGACGAGGUUGAAAUUAACACUAAGUGCAACACAAAAUUUACAUUUAGCCACAUCUCAAAUUCAACUGAGUAUUUGAACGAAAAGUUUUCCGAUUACAGCUUUGUCUUGGGUGCCUUUAACAAUGAAAACAACGAAUCUGUGUUUUCAGAUGAAUCUCAUCGAAGUGGACUUCCAAAACAAUGGCAUCAAGAAAUGGUUAUCGGCCGAGCCAAAUGUCUCACUCACAGGGUGCAAAUUGCCCCUUUUGAGAAGCCAGUUUUCACUGAAAACUUCCGUAACGCUCUCCGCGUAUUACACGAGGCUGCCAAGGACCCGAUGUCGGUUCGGAGUCGGGAAACGAUGAUGAUGUUCUUCUUGACGUUCGGAACUCACUUCAUGAAAACGGUGGAAUUAGGAUCGAAAGUUGUCAUGUGGAAAACAGUAUCGGGCCAAGAACGUAGCCUGGACUUGAAAUGCCUUGAAAACUCAAUAGAUGAAACUGUGAAAAAAUCCAAUGGGAACACGGCUUCUGCAAGCUCAAACUUCCGAACUCAUUCUUCUCAGUGCGACAUGAAAGAUGGAAACGAAAUCCCAACCUCUGCUGAGGUUGACAACGGCGCCGAUAUGUUGAUAACAGGAAUUUUCCCGAAUAAAACAAUGGACACUUGGAAUCUAAUUGCCAAAGCCUCGCCUCGGCCCAUUGGCGCAGAGUUGGUAAAGAUCUCGUACUUUUUCAGGGACCAGUGGAUGGAUUUCAUAGGAGAGAACACCACCACUACCUUGGACACGGAAGCCAUGUAUGAGUUAUAUGAAAUUGGCCUAAGUUAUUACUGUCACAAGAUCCUCAAGAAGAAUUGCAAAACUUCAACGCUUGAAGAAUUGAAAAACGUUGCGAACACUCGAGUCGCCAUUGCUGCGGGAACUAACGAACUUCGAUUCCAGUCAGACCAGCCUUACGGGACGGCUAUGUUAUUGCAAGAGAAACCUCGAGCAUUCAACACAGUGAUCUUGAGUGGAGGGUUCAAAGGAAUCAACGAAGCCUUGGGUUCUGUUGAAGUUUUGAGCCGCAAUGUCUCAUUCAGCCUCAAGCUGCCCGAUCUGCCCGUCAAAGUCGGAGGUCAUUCCCUCAGCCUGGUAGGUUCCCUUCUUGUCAACUGCGGCGGCUCGACUCCUUGGCAACUCAGCGAUUCGUUGUUCCAGUGCUACGAGCUGUAUAUCGAAAGCCCAAACGCAUCAUGGUCGCCAUCUUUCAAGUUGCCGGGAGACAUGAAAACGUUUCACACCGCCAUUUCAAUGGACUCGAGCAUUUGGUUCUUCGACAGGGGCUCGUUUACUGUGUACGUGUAUGAACUGCAGUCUAAGACAUUCACACAAUACUUUUUGCCAUUUCUAACGACCAGUGAGAUGUGUAUCACAAAGUUAGAGGCGACUGUCAUUGCAGUGGACACGGAAAAAAAUACUAUCUACAUUCUAAAAGACCCCAAUGAUCCCCUAGAUUGGCAAGCAAUUCAUACAAACCUGAUCACGCGUUACUCCCCCACAUGCACCGCCAUUGGUUCUCUCGUGUACAUCACAGGCGACGCCAGGAAUGAAGUUGGUCAAGAUUUUGAGGUAUACGAUGCCGAACGCCAGGAAGUUCGUCUCAUAGCGCACUUCAGUCAGCCUCGGAUCGGCUACGGCCUGUUUGCUCUUGACGGGAAACCCGUCGCUGUGGGGGGAAUGGUUAGGACUGGUAAGACUAUCCUCACUUCCGCUGAAGUUUAUGAUGAUAUCCAAGGAGAAUGGUUGACUAUUGAAGAACAAUUGCUUAGUCCUCGCACACUCUUCGCCUGGGCCUCAGCCUCUUUAUAGAUGGUUAGUAAAAAGGGAAACUUGAACCUUCAAUUUGACAAUUUUUCUGUUGCCAUAUUUCACAUUCAUUGCAACUCCUGGUUUUGAAUUUUAUUAAGAACUUUCUCAAGUUCAAUGAACGCAUCAAAGUUGGUUUUAUGAUCAGCCAUAUUCAUGACUGAUCGCUGUUAUUUCUUUUACGCAAUGCUUUUUUACUUUUUCUGCAUUCAAUGAGCUGACAUUUUCAUUUUUACAAAACCAUCCUAUAAUUUUUUAACAAAUCUGUAGAAAUCUCUGUCAAUUAAAUCUAGAAUUUCUGUAUUUUUUAUCUAGUAUAUUAGGUUAUCUCUUAUGUUACCAUAUAUUCUUCUUGAACUAUAUUCACAUAACAAUAAUUGGUUGAAUCUCGGUUGUAUGAAAAACUGCGAUUCUCAGUUGUCGCCUUAUAUUAAGUAAUAUGUCUCAAUUUUUUCGGAGUUUUAUGUUCACAAAUCCUGGAGCGGGCUUUUCCAAAAUAUGAAUUUUUAUUAAGGUUACUUAUUUGAAUAACGUGUUUGAAUUUGAAGAAAUAUCUAAUGUUUUAAAUUAUUCUUAUUCGUUGGUCCAUGCAAUUUGUCUCUUCGAAUAAGAACUAAAGUCUACGAUGUAAAAAAAUGUGCAUUCUAUUAUUAGCAUGAAGCUCAUUCUUUCGUAAGAAGAGUUAACUCCCACAGUUGCGGAGCUAAAACAAAUCAUGACUAAUAGAAUUUUACGAUAUUGUCAUUUCAUGGUAUAUGGAAUCACUUAACAAUCAUAAUAAAAAAUUAUGAAAACUGCAUUCUGCCUGCUAAUAAUUUUAUAGAAAUCUUCAUCACGAGGUUCAUUCAUUUGACACGCAUUUUCUGCAAUCAACCCACCAUGUCAGGCAGGUCUCAGACGCUCGUCGCAAUUAAGAUUGCGAAUUAAGAUUUAUCGUACCGUAGUAAAUCUCGAAUAUUUUAUUGAGUUCAAAAUAUUUAAUUAAUAUCAUCCUCCACUUUGAAUGAAAAUAGAAAAUUUAGAGCCACCGGCUGUGGUGGUUAUGUGGCGAAAGGUAAAUUCCUCCGAUUGAUCGAAAAACUCCUGAUCGAUCAAAACUUCGGCUCAAUCGAUUGAACGAUCAAAACUCCUGAAAGUUCGAUCAAACCUAGCGAUAAAUCGAUCAGUCCUCUGGAUCGCUUCGUUAAACUUCAUUGUACGCUGGUCUAAUUUUGCUAGUUAUAGAAGUCACGAAUGGUGUUAUUUUAAUCACUAAGUGAAGUUUGUAAUGUUUACUUUCUUUCUUUUUUACUGUAUGUUAGAUAACGCACGUCUAUAGCCGUGCUACGCUGGAAUUUGUUUAUGGCAUUGAUUGUUGAAUAUUCACUCUUGAAAUGAGUUUUAUAUUUACAUCGUUCACAAGCUACAAGAUUGGAAGAUUCCUUUCAUCGUUUUGAAGAAUUGCUAGAACCAAGAAUGCAUUUAUUAAGAUAUAUAUUAAAAUCAUGUUAACAUCAGAAAAAUUGCUGAACUUGUUGAUAAGAUUAUUGUUAUAUUGAUUAAUAAAAUUAGUUUUGAAAUUCACUGUUGAUUUGUUCACUUGUUUAGAGUUUGAUUAUUUCAGCUAUUCUUUAAUAUGAAGUUUUUUAUCUUUA